AUGGAAAUACUGUACGAAGAUAAGUACUGCAAGUUAGUGAAAGGAAUGAUAGAGGUGAAGUGUUACUAUUUCCCGACGUUUCAGUCCAAGUGGAUAAAGCUUUGUUCGGUGAAACGUAUCUUUUACGAGCGUCAAAAGUUCCGGCCGUUCGUCAUCAAGGGAUGGGGCAUGUCUUUGUCGCCCAUAUGGUGGGCUAAGGAUUUGACUCGCGGCUUCAAGCAGGACAAGUACAACUUUGUUCUACAAUUGGAAAAUACGCUGCUGGACGUCGGGUUUACGGUGGUCGACGGACCAAGGUUGAUUAAAGCCAUUCUACCGAUGCUGAUGCGAAACACUCCGAUUUUUGACUCCAUACUUUACUAA